CAUAUCAAGAUAUUGUGGUUGAUCUGUAACAUAGUGAGUUUUGUUAGAAUUUUUCAAUCACCUGUAACUUGAACAAUGAAUCUAACUCUUGAUGAUUAUGAUUUGAAGCAUUGUGGAAAAAUGAUGAUGGCACUAAAUGAACAGAGAGAGAGCAAAGUCCAUAGUGACUUUGCAAUUAUGGUUGGCGAUGAGAAAAUACCAGCACACAGGAAUGUUCUGUCAGUCGGAUCAGAUUACUUUCGUGCAAUGUUGUCUCAUGAAAAUGUUGAGAGCAGCACUGGCAUUGUGGCGAUGAAACAAGUUCAAUACUCAAGUGUGAAAACUUGCAUCAAUUACAUUUACACUGGUAAUUUUCCCACUCCUGGUCACGAGGAGCGUGAACAAUUGAUGUUUACCGCCCAUAUGCUCCAAUUACAAGGUAUGUGUGACAAAAUUGCAAUAUCUCUUAAGGAAGAACUGAGUCCACAAUCGUUUUAUUCAACAAAGAUGAUUGCAAACACUUUUAACUGCACUGGUUUAGUUGAAAGUUGCAACAAAUAUGCUCUGAAGAAUUUCCAAUCUAUUGUUGCUGAAGAUGAUUUCAAACAUUUGGAUAAGGAUUAUGUUUCCUUUAUGGUGGGAUCAAAAGAAGUCAAUGCCUCUGAAGCUGUCAAAUGCAAAGCUUUGAUUAUCUGGACCAACUUUGAAUCAGAGACUCGGGCAUCGACGUUUGGAGAAUUAUUUGUUAAUCUGGAUUUGACAAAAAUAUCAAUAAAAUAUCAAAAGUUUUUGGUGGAGAAAGAGCCAUUGGUAUUUAAUUCUGCACGUUGCCUCAGAGCACUUUUGAAAAUUUUAACUGGCGGAUCACAAGUUGUGGCUGAAGAUAUUAACAUCAAAAGUAUUGUGAUUGCUGUUUUUGACAAAAAUUCAAAAUCAAUUCAAGCAUUUAAUCCAAGGAUAAAAACUUGAAGAAAACUGCAGGACAUCAGUGAUGCAUUUGUUGGCGAAGGCUUCACCGCUGUUGUACUCGGUAACAGCAUAUGUGUUCUUGUGCUUGAUGGAACCAAUUAUCAACUGAACUAUACUGAUACCAAUGCUACAUGGGUUAAACUGGCAGAUCGGAGGACAACAAAGAAACGCGUGGCUGCUGUUGCAUUUGAAGGUUCAAUUUAUGCAUUUGAUAAUUCUGGCAACGAAAGUAAAGCAGUUGAGAAAUUUGAUCUAUCUGAUGGAACUUGGUCUCAUGUGACUGAUAAACCUGCGGGAGGGUAUUAUACAUCUGUGGUUGCUGCAGGAGGUUUCAUUUACUGUAUUGGAGGGUUCAAGGAAAAAAAUCUAUCAAAUGCAAUGAAAUUCAAUCCAUCAGAUUCAACAUGGACAACACUUCCUUCAAUGCCGACUGCAAGAUAUGGUGCAGCUGCAGUUGAACUUGAUGGGAAGAUUUAUGUCAUGGGUGGAAACAAUAAUGGCUUGAACGUUGUGGAAUGCUUUGAUACAGUUGCUGAAACAUGGACCCCUGUUGCCAGAUUAAACAAUUCAAGAUUUUAUUUCAAAGCCUGUGUUGUUGGAGGAAAGAUAUUUGCUGUUGGAG